AUGUCAGUAAUUGCCAAUAAAUAUAAUUUAAAACCAUUCAAAGAAGCUCCUUUAUCAACAUCUCCUAUUAAACCAAUAGAAUUACAAGCAGUUGAUUUAUCACUUUAUCAAGAUGGUCCUAAGAAUUUACCUAUUAGACAAAAAUUAGCUAAUCAAAUUGAAAAAUCACUUUCUACUUAUGGAUUUAUUAUGAUUAUAAAUCAUGGAUUUCCUCAUGAAAAAUUAGAAUUUCUUAAAUCAUUGGCUCAAGGAAUUUUACAAGUUCCAAUUGAAGAUCAAUUACCAUAUUUAGCUGGAGCAUUAAAAUCAGAUUUAGAAGAUCGUUCAAUUUCUUUAGGUGGUGAAAGAGGUGCAGGUUAUAAACCUAAAAAAUAUUGGUCAAUGAGAAAUGGAGUUGAAGAUUCAAUUAUUCAUUAUAAUUUUAAUAAUAUGCAACAUCCACUGUUUUUCCAAGGAUCAGGUAAUAUUAAUAAUAAUAAUAAAUAUCCACCCAUUGUAAAAGAUCAUUUAUUUCCAAUUGCAGAAUAUUAUCGAUAUUUACAUAAUAAUGUAUUAAAAAAACUUUGUAAUUUAAUUGAUAUUGUUUUAGAACUUCCAGAAGGAUUUAUUUGGGAAAAUUAUUAUAAAAUAAUCCCUAAUGAUUAUAAAAAUUCUGGUGGUGGAGCUGGUAGAUUCAUGUUAUAUGAAAAGAUGGAUCCUCAAGAUCAAGAAAAAGUUGAUAAUACUUGGUUAAGAGGUCAUUCUGAUAGUGGUGGAUUCACUUUUAUAACAUCUCAACCAAUUCUUUCUUUACAAAUUCGAGAUUAUUUCACUGGUGAAUGGAAUUAUGUUGGUCAUACUCCAAAUGGAUUAAUUGUUAAUAUUGGUGAUGCCAUGGAAUUUAUUACUGGUGGAUAUUUUAAAUCUUCUAUUCAUCGAGUUAUUGGUCCACCAAUUGAUCAACAAAAUUUUCAAAGAUUAGUAUUAAUUUAUUUUUGUAAACCAAAAUCAACUUGUAUAUUAGAUCCGGAAUUUUUAAAUUCACCAAAAUUAAAUCGUUUAAAUAUUAAUAAACCUAAAGAAUGGGAAAAAAUUGAUUUUAAUGCUUGGAAUAAUGAAAAAUCUCGUUUAUUUGGUAAAAAAUUUAUUAAUGAUACUCAAUCAGAUGAACCAAAAUUAGUUUUACUUUAUGGAAGAUUACAUGAAAGAUGGCAUCAAGCAGAAAUUGAUUUUAGUUUACAAGAAGCAGAAAAAAAAUUUCAAAUCAUUAAAUUGGACUUGACCUAA